CUUAAGACCAUGUAUUCUCAAAAAGAGAGAAAUUUUACUGAGGAGUCUUCGAAGAAUACUUCGGAGACUUAUCGUGACAUUUCGGAGGGGGCAUUGUCUUUAUCAAGAAGAAAGAUUAGGAAUUAGUAGCCAAACAUUGGGCUUAGGUGAUAUAAAUUCCAAAUCUAAAAAGAAAAAUGGUUCUUCUAAGUUUAAGCCAGCUGGUAAAAAGCGAGUCUUAGCAUUAAAAGGAGAGCCAAGUCAAGAUUUUAAGAAACUUAUGAAGGAUUUAGCCCAUGGUAUGUUUGACUUUUCCAUAUUCUUAAUAAAUCUUGCCUCAUUUGAUAUUCGAAUAGAAACAGAAGACAUUGAUGCAAAAUAAAAUGGGCAAAAAUAAAUCACUCACUGCUCAAGAAAAACUAAUGGAAGAAUCAGCUAGAAAUAUAAGAACCAAGGGAAAAGUAAAAGACUCUCGUGAUCUUGGAGACUUCGAUCCUCUCCUUCUACUCGAUGUAAUAGAGGAGAAAUAGAAAGGAAAAGCCAAAGAUAAAUUCCAACCAUGUAAAAUCCGCUCUUGUCCACAGUAUUCUCCAAGAAGCGCAGCUAAAGAAAGAUGGCUUGCAGCUCCCCUUAUUCGAACGCCUGAAGGACAAACUAAAAUAAAGAAAAUGCUAAAAAGAAUCAAAAGAGGUACAACUCCAAAGCUCGAGUAGACACGAACCUAGCAGGGAAGAAGAUUAAAUAACUUGAACCAGUUGGAAUUUGAGAAGAAUAAAGGCAAACUUUUUAAGCCAAAAUAUAAGAAAAUGUCUACGAAGAAGAUGCUAAAGAUUGGCGAGAAAGUGGACACCCAAAUUUCAAGCAUUGUUGAUUAUUCUAUAAAAGAGAUGGCAAAGGGGGCUAGGAAGGGCCUAGCCAGAAAAGAUACUAGAUUUAGUGUAAAGGAUGGGGUUCUGAAGCAAUCUGAUCUCAAGUAUUCCUUAAUGAAUACACUUUCAAAGAAAAAGUUAGGCAGUAAGGGGAGAAGUAGUAAGACGAAGUUGUUGCUACUUUCUCUUGAAGAAGAGGAAGAUCAGUUAGCACCAAACUCUGCCUUGAUGCGGACUUUAUCCGCUACUUUCAAAACAUCCAACAUAAGUGCAAAGAAUAAGAACAAUUUGAAGCUAAAUAAUCACAUUAUUAACAAAUGAAUGAACCUUCAAGGGAACUCAACUAACUUAAAACAAAAGCUUGACCACAAAGAAGAAAUCGUUCAUAAAAUCUACGAUGAUUUUCAGAAAUUAGUAGAAUUUAACCGUGAAGUCUGGUAUGAUAAGGACAUGGAUGAACUGUAUGAUGACAUGGUACUUGGACAUUUGAGGGAAGAGCAGUAUAUGCCCAGGGUUAAGCCAUUGAUUUCGUUAAGGGAUUCUGGGAUUUUUGAGAGGAGGGAAGGGCUGAAGAGAGGGAGGAGUGGGAGUAAGGCGGGGAAGAAGGAAGGCAAUGGGUUGAAGAAUAGGAUGGAGAAUAGGAAGUCAGUGGCGGUGGUACAGAUGCCCAAGCUUGCUCAGAGUAGGAAUUUUAAGGAUUUGAAGGAGAUGGAUGGGAAGAAGGAGGGAUGUGAUGAAAAUUUCAAUAUUUUCCAGUCUUCGCAACUUAGUCCAGCCUCAGGGAGGGUGAAUGAUGUUGUAGAGAAGCAAGAGGAAGAUGAGCUGAAUAAAAAGUCCAGAGCUUCCUCUGUUGUUGAAGAGUCUAAAAAGAAGGUUGGAAAAGCUAGUUUUGGAGUAAAGAAAAGUAUUCACAAUUCUCAAGAAAAUAUUUUGCCAUCUUUGGCUAAAGAAGCACAUGAGACUUCUGGACAAAGUUUAAGGAAAAUGCCUAAAAUUGUCAGAAAAAUGCUUGAAAAGAAAAUGAAUAUUGAUUCAGAUUUCAUUAAAAACAUUGAAUUGUAUGAAAAAGGUAGAUCUGAUGCAUCAAUUCCCAAAAUAGGGAACAUUAGUAAAGUUCGAUCAUAUUUUGAGAACCAGUACCGCCAGAAAGAGCUAGUUGUUAACUUCAAAUCAAUGGAUAACUUUGCAAAUGAGGCUGUAAUGGAGUAUAGGAACGCACAAAAGCAUAAAGCACUAGAGAUGAUGAAGAAACUAGGAACUAAUUUCUUAGCUUAG